UUUAAAGUAACAAUGAAAGCGAUCAGUACGUUAGCGGUAGUACUCCUCGUCGUUUCUACGGCAUUUGGGUCUGCGCCAGCAACUGCAGCGAGUGUUCUUGAAGAUUGUACCGCAACAAAUCCGACAGCCAAUGCUGGCUGUACGACUUUGUUUCCUACUCCAGCUACUGACUGUGCGACUGGAGACCAAACAGUUGUCAAGCUCUGUCCUUUUACAUGCGGAAACUGUGCAGCAUAUAAGAGCUGCAGUGAUACCGGUGUUCUAAACUGUACUGCGCUCGUAGCUGGCGGUCUCUGUAAAUCCAAAUCGCCGUCAAUUCUUACAAUGGUAACACAGAAUUGUCCGUCCAGUUGUGGCCUAUGCACUAACGGCCUUAACAUAAACGCAGCAUUUUGCGUGGCAGAAACAAAGCUAUCAAAAAGUUACAUUUUAAAUGGAAAAAUGCUUUAUCAGUUUAUGACAGAAACCUGUCCGUCAACCUGUAAUCGAUGUCCGUCGAGUGGCGCUGCUAGUGGAUCAACUUCGGCGUCUUCGCAUCUUCAAAAAAUUGAAGAUUCUGCUGCAAAACUAACAUGUACCAGUUAUAUUUAUAAUGGGUACUGUAGAAGCACUUCGUGGUCUGAAGCUCAAAAGCGUGCCACUUGCGCAAGAACAUGCCAAUUGUGCUAA